AUGAAGCGAUUAUUAGAAUCUGGUAUCACUGCAACCGUGUUAAACAAUGCUGUGGCUGCAUUUAUUGCAACAAUAAUCAAAGAAAUGGGUCCAAGGGCAACUAGACUAUGCCACAAUGAUCUAGAAGCAUUUGAUUAUCUUGAAGACUUAAAUAUCUUGUUUCCAAAAGGAAAGUUUAUUCACAUAGUCCAAGAUGGAAGAGCCACUAUUGCUUCAGAAAUAGCAAACAUCAAUUCUAAUUAUACAUCUGAAAAUAUCACAGAAGCAAUUUUAACUUGGGAUGAUGUAACAACACAAAUAUUAGAGGAUUGUGAAAAGAUUGGUAGUGAAAAAUGUUUAAAUAUACGUUAUGAAUGUUUAGUAUUGAAUCCACUCAGAGAAAUCCAGAAAGUUCUCCACUUUCUCGAAUUGCCAUGGGAUGAAAAACUACUGAAAUAUGGAACUGACUCCAAUCGAACAGAUCAAUUAAUUCACAACAAUUCCCUAGGUGCGUGGUCAAAAGCGAAUUCACUCCUAUCAGAAGAACAUAUCGAAUUCAUGAAUGAAAAUUGUUUGGCACUAAAACAGUUGGGUUAUCUUACAGAUGAAAUCCCACCGAAUUAUGUUACAAUCUGCAACAUCUAA